AUGGGUCCUAAGACUCGAAAUGGUAUAAAUUCGAAAAAGAGGAAGAAGAAGAAUCCCGUAAUUGAAGAUCCUCCUCCGCGAACUUCAAGUUUUCCUCCUCCGCCAGCAAUAGCUCCUCCCUCGCCAGCAAUAACUCCUCCUCCUCUGCAAACUGAAGCUUCUCCUCCUCCGUCGGCAGUAGAUCCUCCUCCUCCGUUGGCAGUAGAUCCUCCUCCUCCGCGAACUGAAAAUUCUCCUCAUCCGCCAAGUGAAGGUUCUCCUCCUCCACAAACUGAAGGUUCUCCUCCUCCGCCAACAUUAGAUCCUCCUCAGCCGCCAGAUGAUGAGGAUCUAUCCCAAACAGAAUCCGAGGAACAAAGGUCUCCUCCAUCGCAUCCACAAGUAACUAGAGUGAAAUUUAGAGAAAUUGAGAUACUAGAGUUUGAUUUUGUUUCUGCAUGGAGCGGGUUUGAUUUAGGUUUGUAG